AUAUGGUCAAUAAUACAUUCCUAAAUAGUUUGUAUAUACUGUAUAUGUAUUUAGAGAGAGAGAGAUUUUUACAAGCUUUUUGUAGUAAAAUCACAUACCUAGAGAUUCCAGCAAUACAUUCAUAAAAUAUUACUGUAGCUGACCAGAUUCAGAUUUUUACAAUUUCAGCACAGCUACAAAAUGCAUAGUCCUGGAAACCAAAGGGGGAAGGGAGGCUUUAUUCAUCAUCCAUCUUAAUUCACAAUGCCACUCUGAAUAUCCUACCUGUGGCUAGUUACUUAUUAAUAACUAUAUUAUUAGCUUCGCGACCAGCACAGUGUAGAAUGGCGAGGACCUGUGGAGCACCAGUCACACUACACGGGUCAGCGGGACAGAUUCACGAGAAUGCAUUAACUCCUGAGGAAAGUUGUUUGUAAAACAGAAAAAAACACAACAGACACCCAGGGGGGGAUCAAUAACUCUAAACACUGCCACACAGCUUACCGACAUUUAACUUACUGGUUACUGUAAACGUCACGUUACUGUCUAUCAAUGCGGUUACUGAAAAAUAAAUAAAGAAAGAAACCAGUGGUUCUCUUUAUGACUUCUGUCCGUGUUCCUGCUGGGCCGAAUACCGGGAAUCUUUCCACGUCAUUAGGACCUUCCCACAAGUUGUGCAAAGACAGAACAGAGGAAAGUGAGCAACUUGAGCUGCAUGGAUUCCCAAAACCAAUACAAGGGAUCGGGCCAGUCUUGGGACUCUUGUUCAUACCUCUGAUCGGUUCGGCCAGUGACCACUGCACGAGUAGCUAUGGCCGGAGACGGCCCUUCAUCUGGCUGCUGUCUCUGGGGGUGCUGCUGGCCCUGUUCAUCAUCCCCCACGCUGACAUGUUCGCCUUCCACUUCAGCUGGGGCGGACGGGCCAUGCAUGUGGCCUUCCUCAUCCUGGGAGUGGGCCUGCUUGAUUUCUGCGGCCAGGUUUGCUUCACCCCACUGGAAGCUCUGCUCUCGGACCUGUACCGGGAGGAGGAAGACUGUGGGCAAGCCUUUGCCAUGUUUUCCUUCAUGGUCAGCCUGGGCGGCUGCAUCGGCUAUCUGCUCCCAGCCGUCAACUGGACCGACAGCUACCUCUCCGCCUACCUCGGCGGUCAAGAGAAGUGCCUCUUCUCCUUGCUCACCUUCAUCUUCAUUGUAAGUGUCCUUGUCACCAUGAAAGUCUCACAGGAGCCCACCUACCCCUCACGGCGCCUGCUGCUGGAACCAAAGCCUUCAGAGAGUGCCAGGUCUGUGUCCCGCUCCUGCUGCUACCUUCUCAAGUGCAAGCUGAGGGUCUUCAAGUCAGGCCCUUUGAUUUGCAUGUUGCGGACUUGCUGGUCGAUGACCCCGGCCAUCUACCGCAGUUACUGCCACAUUCCCCGCGUCAUGAAGCAGCUGUGUGUAGCCCAGCUCUGCAGCUGGAUGUCCGUCAUGUCCUUCAUGCUGUUCUACACAGACUUUGUCGGGGAAGGGCUUUACGAAGGUGUCCCCAAUGCAGCACCAGGAACCGCAUCAAGGCUUCGCUAUGAUGAAGGUAUUCGUAUGGGGAGCCUGGGCCUGUUUCUACAGUGUGCUACCUCAACGUUCUUCUCAAUAAUUAUGAGCAAACUUGUCAAACUGUUUGGGUCUAAGAGAGUCUAUUUGGCCAGCAUGGUCAGCUUCACCUUCUCUGCACUGGUGAUCUGCCUUUCCAAGAGCAUUGUGCUGGUUACCAUGAUGUCUGCACUAACCGGAUUUGCUUAUGCCACACUACAGACCCUGCCCUACACACUGACCUGUCAUUACCACAAGGAAAAGGACAUCUAUAUGCCAAAAACAAAAGCCAAAAAUAUGCUUAAAAAUGGAAUCACGAUAACCAGAGAGUCGGUUUAUCUGACUCCAGAUGAACAGUGCACCAUAAAUCACAACCACAAACAAAACGGACAUGUGUAUUUUGAGCCAGAGCAUGCAGGCAGUUACGCUGCACAGAAUGACUCUGCCAGUGGUGGUGAUGGUGAGGAGGAGGAUUUUGGGAAGCGUGGCGUCGGUUUGGACUUUGCCAUCCUGGACAGCACCUUUCUGCUCUCGCAAGUCUUCCCCUCUUUCUUCAUGGGGAUGAUCGUUCAGUUUACAGAAUCUGUUACAGCUUACAUAGCCUCCUCCACUAUCUUCGGCUUGAUUGCGAUUUAUUUAGCCAACCACAUAGUGUUUGACCAAAAGGACCUGAAAUUCUGAGAGGAUGAAAAAAAAAAGAAGAAAAAGAAUGCGAUGGAGCAGCAGUUUUAAUGCUGAGUUAGUAUUUUUAAACAUGGCUGUUGGAAAGGUCAAGUGUUGUUUUUAAAAUUAUUUUUCUGUUAUACCGCCUUUCCUUCUUUUCCAUGUCCAUAUAUAUAUAGAAAUGAUAAAUUUCCAUUGGGGUAUAUAUAUAGCGCUGGUAGGAAAAUAGAAAGUGCAUGUUUAAUAUUAUUUCAAAAUUUUGAUGUAUAGUCAGAUAUUCCUUCAUUGGCCUGAAUUGCCCAACAAAACAAGAGCCCAACGCACAGUUUUUCAGUGAAAUGUGCUUUUGUUGUUUAUUUCAGACUACAGUACGAUACUCUACUGCAUACUUACAAACUUGAAAAUGUUCAUCCCAGCUAUACAUAAAUAUAUACACCUCAUACAGCUAUAAUAGAUUUGAAAAUGGACUGCUUUUAGGACUGCUCAUCAGGACUGUAGGACAGGGUAUUGCCAGUUUGUGGGGCCCCAGAGAAGUCUUGUGUUGCAGACAGAAUUGUGUGUCAAAGCAAAAUAUGCAUGUUUGUAUGUGUGUGUGUGUGUGUGUGUGUGUGUGUGUGUGUGUGUGUGUGAAUGAAUGUCUCUUUAUACAUUUAUCCCACUAUUAGACCAGGCCAGAUUUCCAACCUGGGACGUUUUAAACUCCAUUAAAAAAAUAUAUAAAUUUAAAGAAAAAGCUUUUUGCAAAAAUAACUUAUAUUAUUAUGUACGAUUGUGUGUGUGUGUGUGUGUGUGUGUGUGUGUGUGUAUACAGGGUGAUUAGAAAAUAAGUUUACCGCAUCAACGCAACAUAUCAUUGAUGUGGGAAACUUACUUUCUAAUCACCCUUGUGUGUGUGUAUAUAUAUAUAUAUAUAGAUAGAUAGAUAUCCCUAUGGGAAGUCUUUAGUAACCUGUAUAGUUGAGGGAGACUGUGUGUAAAUGGAUGUGUGCGGGUGGUUUUCUAUGAUGCUUAAAGGAUUUUACAUUUAGAUUUGGCUAAUAAGAGAAGAUGGCAGUGUGAUAUCCACAGCUUGUUGUCCUAACUGAUGUUUCUAAGUGUCUUCAGAACUACACACGUCCAAGCUUGUUUAGUUUUUGUGCUCAGAUUAAUAAUACCAGGACUAAACCCCUCUCUGGCAUCUUGCCGUGUUUUUAGCAAAUUCUCAGGAAUGAACCAGUUUGGGUGUAAAACUGCUUGAGGUAUUGUUAGAGGAGCUCUUCAUUUAUCAGAGUGUGUCUCUCUGUUUACCUGCCUACCUGAUAAAGCUUUCUUUUAUAAACAGUACAGGGUGAUUCCUAGACAAAAAGAAUAUUAUUAAAGAACAUGUCUUUUUCGUUUCGUUUCAGGUUUACAAGUAGACAGUCAUGUUGGACAGGAACUUAAAAGUGCUCAUUGUGCAGCAAGAGGCCUUCAGUGAAAAGUGUCCAGAUUGUUGCACAUAUUAUCAUGUGCCAGGCCAGUGGCAAAACUCAAUUCAAACAUCUUCUAUUUUUUAAUAUGGUACAUUGCUUAUGAAUCACCUUUAAAAUACACACGCACACGCACACACACACACACACACAUAUAUAUAUAUAUAUAUAUAUAUAUAUAUAUAUAGUGUAGCGUGCACGGGGGAAGGCAGCAGCAGGGCUGGGGGGUGAUGUAAUCACACACAAAGACAUAAGCCCCAUAUAUGGUCCUUGCAAAGGAGCUGGCUCUUUUGUACAGCGGUAUCGGCGCUGUGCUUUAGUGCGAGAGGUCCCGGGUUUCCUCCACCUGUUUGUUGAUUGGCCUCUUUGCUCUGCUGUAUAGAAAAACUAUUUUUUCUAUGUAUUUCUUGAGGCAACCACAUUCUAGGACUAAUACCGUGGGUAAUCUAUGGACUGUUUCUAUCAGAAUUGGUGGUUAUGGAAUGUACUGUAGUCAACAACAGUAACUGCUUCAUGUAGCCAGCAUUCAUCUCAAGCAGAGCUGGACGAUUUUCAUGGGGAGAACUAAGCACUUCGAUGGCAGUGUCCUUCAAUUCUGUUAGGAAAGGUUUUUCUACAGCGGAAGAAGCGCCAAAUAACCGGUUGAUUUUUAUAACCUCUAUUUACUUAAUACAUACCGGAAUAUCAGCUCCCAUCGAACACUUACUGUAUAGGCCUGUGACAGGCUGGCUCGCAGUGGUGAGGUGUGGUGACGUCACGGACCAGGAAGUAACUGAAACCAAAACAAUGGAUGGGCGGGUGAAGCUGAAUGCUAUGGCACUCAGCUGAAUUUAUUACUAAACAAAACAAAACAAAAGAUUUAAACAAACAAAACAGAAACCAAAGGGCACGAGGGCCAAAUGAAUAAACAAAGACUGUUUAGCAGUCGUUUUUUUAAAUGUCGUUAUUUUUCCUCCCUGUCGCUCUCUCCCCGUACUCUCCUCUGUACACUCCACCCCGCAGCACGGGCAGCUGCAGGUUCUUAUACUCUGGCCGAGAGGUUAACUAGCUGUUAAUUAUCUUAUUACUCCUCGGCCACAGUCUGCACGCAUUUGGUAAGGAUGCAUGACUGUCAGCUAGUUAAAUAAUCAGUAGCUGAUCAGUCAUGCAUCCUCACAAGGUUUUUAAAUAUAAAUAAGAAAUACGCGGCGCUGUUAUCCGCGCCGCAAACAAUAAUACAAAUAAUAAUAAUUAGGGGCGGGACACUCCGCCACAAGGCCUCUGAAAAUGAUGUUUGUUUGUUUUUUUUUCUACUUGACCCCAGCAUUAUUAAGAGCUGUUUUACCUCUUGCUUUAAAUGUUUGACAACAUUUGACCUUCCAGUUGUCUCUUAAUUUUUUUUUUUAAAUCCUGGUUAACGUGGGCCUUUCAUCUCAGUGUUUUUAAACCUUUUAUAUUUUUGACUUCAGAUAUUUGCAAGGUAACUGCAUUCUGUAAACACAGUAUAAGAUUUAUACUACUGCCAUAGGAUACCUUUUAUCUCAGAAAAUGUGACUUGCCCAUUUGCUUUGAGUACUUGUUUUGGUACUCAAAUAAAUCGCUGGAUUUUUAUGAGUAGGAAAGGCAGAACAAUGAUUCGCAUUUACUGCAAGUGUCUAUACAAAUUGCAACAUUAUUUUUGUAAAUACGUAUUUAUUUAUUGUUCUUAAGCACAUAUUGUAAACUAUUUUGCAUACAUUUUGAUAGUCUCUGUUGGGUCACGUUUUAUUUUAAGGGUCUUUUUUUGUUUAUCAACUGUUAACAAACAGCUAAUAAACAUGUUAAUGUACAUUAUUUAUUUUCUGUUAACUGUUAGUUAAUAAUAUAUAAUAGGCCAGCUAAAACUGCAAACACCAGAGCCCUAUGGAUGAUCAAUCAAACACCAGAGCCCCAUGGAUGAUCAAUACCCAGUUGAUCAUAUGCUUGAAAUUGGUUCAAGUUGUUACUGUAGUAAUGUUGAGCAAAUUAAAUCAGGUUUUUAUUAACCCUAACCCUAACCCUUAGCUAAAAAUGAACAAUGUUUGUUAACAGUUAAUAAACUAAAAAAAACUAAAUAAAGCGUGACCCUCUAUUGUAACUUAGCUUUGAGGGUAUGGGAUCUUUAAAAUUACAUUAUUAUAGUGUUGUUUCCUUUUUUAAAGAUUUUAGAAUAAUUGUAAUGAUACUAAACUAGCAAGAAACUACUUG